UUUCUAGGCUAAAGGUCAAAGGUUGAUCACGAGUUGUUGAUAACUUUCUCUAUUUCCGACACUCCUGGGAAGAUGUUUCAGUUUCGGUCUAUUUAUUCUGUCUAAAAGCUCACGAAUGUUGUAGUCUGUUGUCUAAGUGUCCAAUCCAUCCCUUCUUGAUACUCUGGAAGUCUUGAGAACUGACAGUUCUGAGAGCACAAAGAUGGGGACAUCAGGCAAACUUCACAACAGUCUGAUGGAGAUACUGGUGGUGGUGGGGAUGGACCAGCACACAGGACUGGUGCCUGAUAACUUACCUGUACAGUCAUCAGAGAAACUGCCAGGAACCUUGCCACUCUUUACGACAGCAUUUGAACCCCAAGUGUUGGCCGCCUGCGCACACGAAGUCGCCAACUUCCCGAACUCAUCCUCCAUCUUCGACUCCAUGGCUUCGUAUUCCACCUCCACGUGGUCCUCAACAAUCCCCCCCUCCCCGGCCAGGGGGGUGUCCAGCAGUAUACCCCCCUCCUCAGCCAAGGGGGGCAAAACCAGGAGGAGUCAGUCGCUACGGAGACUCACCCCCACAGGGAAACACUCGGUUGCACUUCCUGUGGGGUCAGAUGUCAUUUCCUCCCUACCUCCACUCUGUCUACCUGGAAAUGCGUAUGUGUACAAAGACAGACCUAAGGACCACGUACACUACCUAGUACUGACGGACAUUUCUGGUGCCCACUCGUAUGCCACUGUCUACACUUUCUACAGGAAAUUUCUUGCCAGUCAGGUUAGAGGAAAGUCAGAAUACACCAUCCGGGCCGUUCCACUCAGCGAUGAAGGGGAGGAGGGAACCAGGGCCUGUUUUGUCCCCCUGUGUUGUUGUAUGGUUUCCAGGGCCCCAUAUUUCUUCACUAUGAGAGAUUGCCUCACUUGCCUGGUCCAACAGUUACACAAGGAUGUGCGGACUAUGGAGAUGGUGGUAGCAGAGUUCAGCUCCAAUCUUGCCCUGGUGCCAUGCCCACCUCCCGGCCAGCUUGCCAUUUCGUUCCAGUUGAACAGGUUCCUAGUGACUGUCCCCCCAGCGAUGGACCCUGACCGCCGUGUUCUGGAUAUGCCGCUACACUUUCCCUUCCUCAGUUUCUCCACGGACGCCAUUCUCACCUUGGUGGCCUGCAUUCUGACUGAGCAGAGAAUCGUAUUUCUGGCCUCAGAUUACGCACUUCUCACUAUUGUCAUGGAGAGUUUGCUGACGUACGUGCAGCCGUUUGUGUGGCACAAUGUGUACGUACCCGUGCUGUCCAACUCCAUGGUGGACCUGGUGGAGGCUCCUGGGGUCUUCAUGAUGGGCUGUCAUGUCUCACACAGGGAGAAAAUCAUCAAGUUGACAGAAACAAUCUGGGUGCCAGGGAUUGUGGUAGCGGAUAUCCAGUCCGGUGAGGUGUUUAUGGCUGACUCCAUCUUUGACAACUCAGAACUUCCCCGUUUCCCGAGGGCUGCUGCAGAGUUCUUCAAAGAAAAGUGCAGUAGCAUGAAGUUCCAGUAUGACUUCUCGUACCUGCACUCCCCCACCCCCACCUCGGUGGAUGAGGCUCGGAAACACCGGGAAACGUGGCAGCAGGAGCUCAGCCGGGACAUUCAGGUCGCUUUCCUACAGACUAUGGUCAAACUCUUUAGAGAUGUGAAGGAGUAUGUGAGCACAGUCAACCAUCGCAGGUACUUAAACAAGGACAAGUUCUUGGCAGCCCAGGAAGACUUGGACCAACCAUUCUUCAGAGAGGUGUGCCAGUCGCACAUGUUUAAACGGUUCCUACAGGACAGGAUGGACCAGAAGAGAGACUACUACUCCAUUAUGGAAGAAACCAUGCAGUGGCAGGGGGAGGAUAAGGCCGAGAUACCUGACAACAAGCUCAUCAGGAGGCGUAAGAUCAGUGCCAACUCUCCAGGGCAGAAGAACCGGAGGUCAGGGGUUGUGAACUUUGGCCUAGAGGCCAAUGGCCCCACCUGUACCUUUCAAUUGCCUACGUUUACCCAGGCUCACAGAAAGGCAGAGAAAGCAAAUCCUGUGCACUUUUAUGAAAGCUGCAUACAGAAACUGACCAACUAUUUAGAGAACUGUGAACCCUCCAUGCGUGCCCCUUACCUGUACCUGAGAGGGAUGCUAUACGCAGCAGAAGGGUCGUCCAUGAUUGCGCUGGAGGACUUCCAUAACUUGUGCUCAGUCGAUGUCAAACUCUUCCCAGCUGAACAUGUACAGGGCAUCAUUAACAGCCUGAGUGACUUGGAGAGAACCCAGUUGGAACAGAAGGGUCUGUACAAGGGAGGGCCCAUGGAGAGGAAAACCAUGCUGGGGAAACUGCGCAGGAUGAGCACAGAGAUCGACAGAGGUCAAGGGUUAAUCAUCGCCCUGGACUUCGACCAGCUACCUCAGAGAGACGUGGAUCUGCAUGAGUUCAGUAAACACAUCCGUUUGCUGGACAUUGCUGUGGACAGUGAAGUUAUCGAGAGGCUUUUUCAGUCCCUGACACUGGAAGAUACAAAUUAUCUUGAUCCAGACACAUUUUCCAUCUUCUAUGACUGCUGGAAAGAGACAGAGUUGGAUAACAACAGAGUAGCAUGUCAACUCCCGGAGGACUGUCUCACUCGUGAAGAAGGGGUGCUAAAAGUGUCCAAACUCAUCCGCUGUGACCUGGGCACCGGCAGGCUCAUUCUCACCCACAAAAGACUGUUGUUCAGGACAGGAGACAGGACCGAGGAGGUCGUACGAAUCCGAGACAUCCAGAACUUAGAGAAGUUCCAGCACAACACUGUCUUAACCUCUGCUGAUGCUCUCAAGAUAUACAGCAAAGUGGAUGGUCAGAGUCCGUUCUCAGCCAUCCUGAAGGAAGAAAGGAACCAGUGGUUCAUGCUGGUCCAGGAGCUGUGGUGUGGGAGGAACAUUGCAGAAGGAACCAAAGACUCUCAGGUAGUCCACCAGGCUGCGCAGAACGUGCUGCUGAUCAAUGCUGUAGUUCUGAGUGGGGAAUACGAUGAGUGUGCUCACUAUGACGGGGUGGAGCAGGCUGCUGAAAAUCUAUGCUACUUCACUAAGAGACGUAAAGAGGGGAAAGACAACCUUCCUGAAGCUACAACUGAGGUUCUUAUUCAGAGAGUGAACCCGUCCCUGGGUGAGUCAGUGAGAAACACAGUGGAGGCACUACUCUACACAUCAGGGGAUAACAGUAAAGGUGACAACAGAAGCUCACCUCUGCUGUGGUGCGCCAUGGGGUCGGGUCAGGUCAAAGUGUACGAUGCCAGCACCUGGAUCUGUGACCAGCAGUUCAUCCAAGCCAACAACAGAGUGUGUUGCCUGUUGGCUGUGGGUACAGACCAAGUCUGGGCUGGCUCAUUUGACACGACCAUCUACGUCAUCGACAUUCACACCCAUACUGCAAACAAACAACUAUUGGACCAUGUGGACAUGGUCUCGGACCUGACCAUCUCACAGGAUGGGAGCACUGUGUACAGCGCCAGUCUGAACGGCCAGAUCAUCCUGUGGAGCGCUGCUACUCUACAGAAGCAGGGUCAGAUCUGGCUGAAGAACGUCCACAGACUGGUGUCAAUCAAACUGGUGGGAGAGAACCUCUGGUGCUGUAUGAAAAAGUCCCUGAUGUUGGUGAACAGAGAAGGUGAAACACUCCACACCCUGGAAAUGAAAGAUGAAGGAAACUCACCCCUACAGAUAGAAUGUUUCCUUCUGUCACAAGAUGGAAUGAUCUGGGCAGCCAGUGGUAACAGUGGGAGGCUGGCUGUGUGGGACAGUCACAGCUACAGCUUGGUGAAGAACAUCAACGUGUCGUGUAGGGGCUUCAGCAAGAUGGUACAAACUCACGGCAAGAUCUGGGUUGGCGGGAAGUGUGGAAACAUCCACAUCUUCAACCAGGGGACGUAUGGAGAGGAGAAGGAACUGGUGGCACAUGAGGAUGCCAUCCGCUCCAUGUGUGCCGCCUUCGACCGGUACAUCAUGACUGGGUCAGGCUCCAAGGACGGGAAGAUCGCCAUCUGGAGAGUUUGAAUUUUUGUCUUCUAUCUUUUAUGAUAUCGACUCUCAAAAUGGGGACGGGUGAACUCAGCUGUGUCGUUGCAGUCACCCUACCCAAACUAUGGGACACAUACAUCGAUGUAGGUUAGACAUCCAGGUAAUUUAGAUACACCGAAAAGUAGUUACUCAAGCAACUGGAUAUGGUUUUGGAAACGUCUUCAUUCAUAGUUAGAGAAUAAAAGACCUGUUUCCUCCAGAUCCCUUCAGUGUCACUGACGAAAACUGGUGGAUUCCAGAUGAAACAUCUGACCGUUUCCAAAACCAUAUCCAGUUGCUUGAGUAACUACUUUUCGGUGUAUGGGACUGCAUGUUGGGCCCCAACAUCUCCAACUGCAGGAACCUGCCUUGGCCUGGUUGCAGUAUUGGCACGGAACGAUAAUGGUGAUGAUGACUCUCAUGAAUACUUAUUCA